CAACGGAUGCGUCCUAGCAACGGAUGCGUCCUAGCAACGGUCGAAAACCUGGUGGAGGGAGAGCGGCCUGAACCAGUCUGCUCCUUCAGAGAUCGGGAACUUGGGUUCGGGAAGACGCUCCAGGGAGCCUAGCCAGGUGCGAAAUCUGAACCAUGUCAAAAUCUCCAAGAUCUGCCAAGUCUUCUAAGGCCAAGGGUACAAAAAGUAAAGACUCUAAAAAGUCAGGAAGUGUCAAGGGAAAACAAAAGAUUCCUAUUAAAGAUGAAGAGAUUUCGAUAUCUAUGGCAAGCAGUGAUCACACUGAGAUUAUUCCUCUGCUACUGACUACAAAGACACAGGAAAUAUUUAACUGCCAACCUGAUAUUGAUGUCACAGAAGAAAAUCCAAACAAACUUAUUAAGAAAGAGGAUAUCAUUCAGGACAUGAGGAACAGAGCUGCGAUCUCUGACUUCUACCCAGUCAAAAAAAUUGUCCUGGAAUACCCGGGAGAAGAGCUUCUGAUUGUUUUUGAUAAAGACUUUACAUAUGGACAAAACUUUUAUCUAGCUGCUACUGAAGAAAUCAAGGAAAGCAUCUUGCUGCCCCUACAAGAGAAGCUUGAGAAGGAAGAAAAGGAAAGCGUUGAAGAAGAAUAUGUUUAUAACCCCCCGGUUCCCAAACCGUGGGUGUCGCUGGGAAGUGAAAAAGAAAUUGAGGAAGAAUCCGUUAAAGGAUCUCAGAUCCAGAUUAAGUAUAUGAUUUCUCGAACCCGCAAGGAAUUUGGGGCACCGGUGGAGUUUGCGGAUUACAAUGCUUCCAGUGAGAAAGGUGUCUCUGUUGAUUGUUCAUCCUACCCAGAUAAACAUUUUAGCAUCAGGCAGCUUGAGAAAGAUGCAGGCACGCAAGUAGUGCCAAAAAUAAAAGAAAAGACUACUCAGACUAAGUGGAAAUUCCCUAAAAAUGCCACUACCCAAUAUUUUCCUAGAGAGUUCUCAGAGGAAGAAAAAGAGUCACUGCUGGAAUCGGAAACGCUGAAGGAUUUUCUGAACUCAGUAUCUGUAAGUGUUGAAAUAGCCCUGCAGCAAAAUGAAAUUAUGAAUGUCUUUUACGACGACUGGAAAUCACUAGCAGAAGAUGAUGGCAGUUUCGGGGACAAGUCAGAUUCUUACCUUAAGGAGUAUCAAUCUUUUACAGAUCUCCAUAAUAUAAGAGAAAAAACCAUAACCUGCAUUUCUUGGCAUCCAACCAUUUACGGGCUUCUAGCGGUUUCAGUAGCAGAACGGCUCUCCUAUGAAAAUAGAGUCCAGUUUUCUGGUAAAUUACUAUUGCAGCCGUCAUUGAUUCUCUUUUGGAGUUUCUCUGAUCCUAUACAUCCUCAGCUCAUGCUUGAGAGCCCCGAUGACAUCUUCUGCUUCCGCUUCUGUCCCAGUGACCCCAACAUCAUUGCUGGAGGCUGUUUCAACGGACAGAUCGUCUUAUGGGAUAUUACUGCUCACAGAGAACAUUUAGAAGUUGCUAAGUCUGGCACUACUAGAAGUAAAAAAGCAACCCUUAAGCCAAUUUUUCUGCUGGAACCAGAUAGUAAUAAGGAGGCACCAUAUGUGAGGCACAGUGCAGUUUCUUCCAUAGAACACGGACAUAGAAAAGUCAUUACGGACAUUCACUGGCUAUCGGACUUUUUUGAGAUCAACAGACUUGGUGCUACCUUUGAAAAUCGAAGUGGAUUAUGUUGCCAGCUUGUAACCUGCUCCGCUGACUGUACAGUUCUUUUUUGGGAUAUUAGACCGGCCAAACCUUCUACCGAUCCGGUUGACAAAAAGAAAGAAGAAACUGUCAUUGAGGUUCCUUAUGAUGUACCCGCUACAUUUUUGCAUCUAGAUCUCUCCUGGAAGCCUCUCAUCAAGAUUACUCUACCCAAAGGUGACACAAGUUUAGACCACUGUCUGACAAGAAUUAGCCUGAGUGAAGAAUAUCUCCAUUACAAAAUGCAAGAUAAAUUGCAAGUCCAGAGCAAAGCAUUAAAGCCAGAAGAAGAAAGUCCAUAUAAAAACUUAACCCAUCCUGUGAACUUCAACCUAAAACCAUUAGAAGAUAUCAGCACAAACUUCUUCGCUGGAACUGAAGAUGGUGAACUGAUAUAUUCAGAUUGGAAACUGGAAAAAAAUCCUGAUUCUGGAAGGCUGACUUGCCAGAAACCAAUAAACCGCUUUUUGGUCCACGAUGGAAGUGUUGUUACUGUCCAGAGAUCUCCUUUUUUCAAAGACAUUAUAUUAACUGUUGGGGGGUGGAACUUUGGCAUCUGGAAAGAAGGUUUGAUGGUUGGACCAAUCCUCUUGUCAUGUUGCUCCACCAAAAGAUACACAGCCGGACACUGGUCCUUAUCAAGAGCAGGAGUUUUCUUUCUCGGCAGAGAAGAUGGGAAUAUUGAAAUCUGGGAUCUCCUGGAGAAAACUCACGAGCCGUCCCAGACCCAAAACAUCUGUAUAGCCAUGAUCACCUACAUGAGGCCAUGGAUAUUCUCUUCGAAGCAGCAAUUUAUAGCGGUAUCCGAUAACAAUGGAACGUUGCAUAUACUGGAAAUUCCGUGGACAUUAAGUCAUCCUUCCCUCAAUGAAAUCUGUUGUCUCUUUGCUAAGAGUGUUAGUGUCAGAUGCUACCUCGAGAGAGAAGUCAAACACCUGGAAUACGUUGGUCAGCGCAAAGAAUUCCGAGAAAAAGAAAGAAAGGAAAUGGAACUUGAAGCCCAAAGGAAGAAAUCUAGAGCAGCUCCACCUCAGAAAUCACGAGAACAAAUGGAGGCAGAGGUGAAACUGGAAUACGAAGAAUAUUUGGCUCUAGAAAGAAACAUCCUGUUAGAACUUGGACUAAUUAAGGAGCAGGAAGUAUUUCCUGUACACUGAGAACUGAUUGCUAUUGUAGAUCUGGUGAAAGUGUUUAUUUUAUCAUCCAAGAUGUAUUUGUUUUCACUGAAUGAUGUAUCUGUGAUGGUCAGCUAUGUUUAGGGUCAUAUCCAAGAGAUGCAAAUGUUGACAUUUUAUAAAUGUAGACAAGUUAAUUUGACUGGCAAUAUAAAAAUCUGGGUUUUAACAAACCAUAAGAGACAUCAUAAA